AUUUUUUCUUUUAAUUAUACAUCGUCUUCGCAGGCUCGCCGAGGCUUUUUAUAAUUUGAUUGAUGUCCUCACCAGGAGUCUGCUUUCUCCCCAUCUCUUUUAUCUGAGCUCGCCCAACUUUUGCCAAGGUGAAGCAGAACUUCUGGAGUUUUGGAUUCUUUAGCAAGCACUUUCAAUGUCUCGGUCUGCACUUGAUGAGGUGUCACAGUCUGGUUCUUUCAUCCGCACUCCUUCAACUUUUCGUAAUUUCAUUUCGAAAGAUCUAGCAUCCCAGUUCCCUGCAGUAUCUGGAAGAUACCAUCUUUAUAUAUCUUAUGCAUGCCCCUGGGCAUCUAGAUGUCUGGCAUAUUUGAAACUCAAAGGGCUUGAUAAGGCCAUCAGUUACACGGCAGUAAAACCAAAAUGGGAAAGGACUAAAGAGACUGAUGAGCAUUUUGGCUGGGUCUUCCCCGCUUCUAGCACAGAGGAUGCUGGAGCUGAUCCUGAUCCUUUGAAUGGAGCGGGGAGUGUCAGAGAACUUUAUGAGCUUGCAAGUUCAAGUUAUACGGGAAAAUAUACCGUUCCUGUACUUUGGGAUAAGCAACUCAAUACAAUUGUAAAUAAUGAGAGUGCAGAAAUAAUCCGCAUGUUCAACACUGAGUUUAACGAAAUAGCAGAAAAUCCUGAUUUGGACUUGUACCCCUCUCAUCUGCAAACAGUAAUUGAUGGGGUCAAUGAAUGGGUUUAUGAAACGAUAAACAAUGGUGUAUACAGGUGUGGAUUUGCCAAGAAACAAGGACCUUAUGAUGAGGCUGUAGUCAAGCUAUAUGAUGCCUUGGACAAAUGUGAGGAGAUAUUGAGCAAGCAACGCUAUAUUUGUGGGAAUGAGUUGACAGAAGCUGAUAUUCGUCUUUUUGUAACUCUGAUUAGGUUUGAUGAAGUUUAUGUUGUUCAUUUCAAAUGCAACAAGAAACUCCUGCGUGAAUAUCCAAAUCUGUUCAAUUACACCAAAGACAUUUACCAAAUUCCUGGCAUCAGCAGCACCGUUAACAUGGAGCAUAUAAAGAAGCACUACUAUGGAAGCCAUCCUGCCAUUAAUCCAUACGGAGUCAUUCCAAUUGGUUCCAACACAGAUUUCUCCGCUUCUCAUGACAGAGACAGAUUCAAUAAUUAGCUUUGUUUGAACUGCCAUAAUUUGGAUUGUCUACUCUUUAAUGAUACAUCUUGUUGAAGAGAGAGAGAGAGAGAUCAGAGAGAGAGAAGAUCCUCGCUGCCAUUAGCGGGCAAGUAAAGACUACUUGGAUGCACAAAUAAGCUUGUUUUCGGUGAGUUAACGGCCACUCCUAUGUUUGAUUAGCAGACAUUUAUGCUGUUUACACUGUUGUGACAUAUUUAAGUACCAUUGUAUAUAUUAUAUGAUGUCUGUGAACUGCAAAA